UUGGCUCACUUGCUCAUUUUGGCAGUUCAGCGCCGCUUAGCAAAAUUACCACGUGAAGUGAAAUUGAAACGAAUUUCAUCACAAAAUUUAAACUAAAUUUAAUAUAAAUACACAAAAGUUGAUAGCAGACAGUGCCUGGCCUUAGAAAGCAAACACUCAACAACAGCAAAGCAAUCGAAGUUAAAUUAAAGAAGAAAAAGCACAAAGAAAAUGGCGCUACGCGUGCAAUUUGAGAAUAAUGACGAUGUUGGCGUCUUUAGUAAAUUAACAAACACAUAUUGUUUGGUCGCUAUUGGCGGCUCGGAGACCUUCUACAGUGCGUACGAAGCGGAAUUGGCCGAAACCAUUCCCGUAAUACAUGCCAAUAUUGGUGGCUGUCGCAUAAUUGGCCGUUUAACUGUUGGCAAUCGAAAUGGACUUUUGGUGCCGCAUUCGACGACGGAUGAGGAACUGCAGCAUUUGCGCAACAGUUUGCCAGAUGCCGUUAAAAUUCAACGGGUGGAGGAACGUUUGUCGGCUUUGGGUAAUGUGAUUGCCUGCAAUGAUUAUGUGGCAUUGGUGCAUCCGGAUUUGGAUAAGGAAACUGAAGAGAUUAUCGCCGAUGUUUUGAAAGUGGAAGUCUUUCGUCAAACCAUAGCAGAGAAUACCCUUGUUGGCUCAUAUACGGUGCUGAGCAAUCAGGGCGGCAUGGUGCAUCCGAAGACGAGCAUACAGGAUCAGGAUGAGCUGUCAUCACUGCUGCAAGUGCCACUUGUGGCGGGCACUGUUAAUCGGGGUAGUGAGGUUCUUGCCGCCGGCAUGGUCGUCAACGAUUGGAUCUCCUUUGUCGGCAUGAAUACAACAGCCACCGAAAUUUCCGUAAUUGAGAGUGUCUUCAAAUUGAAUCAGGCACAGCCGGCAACGGUGACAACAAAACUCCGUGCAGCACUCAUCGAGGAAAUGUCCUAAAAAUCAGGCAGCAGCUUCACUUGUCUAUAUUUAAGAAAUCACACACAAAACACACACACACACACAUUUUGUUAUUUUAUGUGUAAACAGAAACAGCCGAAAUAUACAACAUUUAAAAAAGAUUGUACUUAUUGAGAUCUGUCUAUAUAAAAUAUAUAUAUGUAUAAA